GUUCAUAAGAUUCGGUUUAUUUGUAAAGAAAGUGACAUUUAGAAGAAGCAAAAAGAAGUUUAUUGAGAUUCAGAAAUGGAGGUUUCAGCGCUGAGUAAAACCUAAAAAAAAGAAAAAAAAUAGUGAAAAUGGAAUCGAGCGUUCUGGAAUGUCUGGGCAUGGAGAUAAUCGGCGUGAUGAGCCCAGUCUCGAUCUGCAUGUUCCUUGUGGUCCUGUUAGUGUAUUCUCUCUCCUCGCCGUCCACCACCACCACUAUCGCCACCGCCGCCAACCUCGUCUACGCCGAGAACCCCUCCGACACCACCGCCCAGAAGCUCGAGGGCGCCGUCCUCAACGCCGUGGUCUUCGUCGUCCUCAUCGCGCUCGUCACCUUCCUCCUCGUCCUCCUCUACUACUACAACUGCACCGCCUUCCUCCUCCACUACACCCGCUUCUCCGCCUUCUUCGUCCUCGCCGCCAUGGGCGGAUCCAUCCUCCUCUCCCUCCUCCAGCGCUUCUCCCUCCCCCUCGACGCCGUCACCUCCUUCCUCCUCCUCUUCAACUUCUCCGUCGUCGGAGUCCUCUCCGUCUUCGCCUCCGGCGGCCUCCCGAUCCUCCUCCGCCAGUGCUACACCGUCUGCCUCGGCAUCAUCGUCGCCGCGUGGUUCACCAAGCUCCCCGAGUGGACCACCUGGACGCUCCUCGUCGCCCUCGCGCUCUACGAUCUGGUCGCCGUCCUCGCCCCCGGCGGCCCGCUCAAGCUCCUCGUGGAAUUGGCGUCGAGCCGCGACGAGGAGCUCCCGGCGCUCGUCUACGAGGCACGGCCGACGGUCAAUACGCGAAACCACGCGGCCGCGGUAGGGUUUAUUGUCACCACCGCCGGGGUUUCGGAUUCGGAAACUUCCAGAAUUGAGCUUCAGGUUGUGUCUAGGGAUAAUGAUAACAAUAACAAUGAGAAUGAGAUUAAUGAUGAAGGAGAAAGGUCACCCUUGGUUGGGAGAAAUGAGGAGGAAGAAGGGGUGAGGAGGGAGAUUGGGGAAAGAGGAAUUAAGCUUGGACUUGGUGACUUUGUUUUCUACAGUGUUCUUGUUGGGAGAGCUUCUAUGUAUGAUUUGAUGACCGUCUAUGCCUGCUACCUAGCCAUUAUAUCGGGCCUUGGCUGCACGCUCAUCUUGUUGUCCGUGUGCCGUAAGGCUCUGCCUGCUCUUCCCAUCUCGAUCGCCUUGGGGGUUCUCUUCUAUUUCUUGACAAGGCUUCUCAUGGAGCCCUUCAUUGUUGGGACCGCCACUAAUUUGAUCAUGUUUUGAGAGCUAGGGUUUAGGAAUAGUCUAUAGGCAAGGAAUUUGUGCAUGGGGUCAAGAGGUUAUAUUCUUCAAGCUGUUUUCCUUCAAUGCUUUUUAGUUAUGCUCAUAAGUUUUAUCCAUUUUUGAGGCUAACAUAUCUCUUCAUGUAUGUGGGUGGUGCCUACCAGUGAUGUGAGUUUAUGUAUAUUAUGUUCAUGUAGAUGCGCCUGAACCGAGUGAUCUGUAUUUUGUACUUGAACCAUAAUGCAUACCUCUAAACUUCAUGGUUCAUGCAAUAAUUUAUAACGUGUAUGAUGGGUACCUAAGCUUGUAUUUAUGCAUUCCUUACUAUUAGUCCUUUGCAGAUUAUAGACUAAAGCUUUGUUUACGAAGAUCUGAUUGAUUUAA